UAUGGUGGUUGCCGUGUGCAUCAAAAUUUCCUUAAAUCCCUCCGUGCUGAAAAUGGCCUACGCCGUUGAUUUCCGUAAUCGGAAAUCGUACAAUUUUGCAGGAAAUUAUUCGUAUGGAAAUCCUGGUCGCAGCACUGUACGCACGUACACUUUAGAUAUGUUACGUCAUACCAAUAGAAAUACACAGGAAACCACCUGGCAGACGGCAAACAGAUGGCAGGCAGCUAACAACUUGCAAACUGCAGGCCACUUACCGACGGCUAGCAACUUACGGACGGAUGACAACUUUCAGAUGACUGCGGCAGUAGCAAGAUCGACGCCGACCAUGAGCACACGAAGCAUUACUAACCAUAUUAAAGCAGUGGUUACUCACACCAAAAAUAAACAAACUUUGUUGAUAAAACCGUCAAACAAAAGUGAUACAACUAUCAUAUUAAAAGAUUUAAAUCUAGACACUAAUUCUACAAAGAAGCGUCUACAAAAACAUCCGAACCAAGUCGACUUUGAGAUGAUUGCAUCAGGGAGAUUCAUACCAGAAGAUCUCAUGAAACAGGGUCCUUUCCGGUUCCUGAAUAACUAUAAAAAUCCCUGUUGGAAAGCUACCAAAAGGUAUAAAACAGACCCCUCUAUCCGCUGUCUGCCUUAUUUCUAUCUGACUGGUGCCCCGAAGUCUGGAACAACUGAUAUGCACAGAAGGCUUAUCCAGCAUCCGGAUAUAUCCAGGCUUGUGGUGAAAGAACCUCAUUGGUUGACCAGAAAACAUUACUAUGCACAUGGUAAGGCGGGAGGACAUUCAAAUUUAACAGAUUAUCUCCGGUACUUUACCUUCGCGACGAGGGAAAUAUAUAUGAAAGAAGAUGGUUACCAUAGCAAAAUAUUCGGUAAGAUCGCGUAGAAUUUAUUAAUUAACUAGCACAAGACAAAUGUGUCUUUGUGUCUAUAAAACAUGUCAUGAUAAAUACACUGUAUACACGCAUUUCUUUGUCACAAUGCUCAGUCAUUUCAAACUUCGUUUCCUGGAUUCCGGUCAUCGGAAAUGACAUGGUAUUUUUGAAUAUUUUGGUCGGGGCUGUUUAUGUUUUUUUUUGUUGUGUUUUUUUUUUUAAAUGCAAUGGUCCUUCCGGCUAGCUUUCAUUAAGAAUGUUGUUCGAAUCACUGACUGGCAACUUGUUUCAGAAGUAAAUUAUUAACUUACGUUUAUAUAAAUUAUUUAUUGAUAUUCUUUAUUGUAUAAAAAACGUACAACCUGUUCCAAAGAGUUAUCCUAUUUCGUAUCUAG